AUGAAUUUAAGACCUUAACCAGGCCAUCAGAAUAAGAAUGGAAUAAAUCCAAUAACAAAUACUCCUAUAGAUUAUGCAUAAAGAGGGAAUCAACAACCUUAUUAUAAGCAACCUUAUCCAUAGCCUCCCAUAUAAUACACUCAAAAUCCGUAACAGUACCAAAAUCCCUAUUAUAAUUAAACUCUUCCUUAAGUUGUAUAGCAGACUAUGCCUGAUGCAGGAUAGAAACUACCUUUAUAGAGUGAUGCAAUAGAAUUAGAUCACAUGAAUGGCUUUUCUGGGCGAUAUCGAGAUGUGAUUCACUUGCAUCCUCAAAAGGAGUCCACUAUAGUAUAUGCAUUAGCUGGAUUAAUUGUAAUAGAAAACUUAAAUGAUAAACAUUAACAAUUGUUUUUGAGGGGACAUGACAUGGAUAUUAGUGCAUUGACAUUAUCAAAAACAGGCAGAUAUUUAGCAUCUGGAUAAAUGGGAUCUCGAAAUUCAAAGACACCAGAAGCACCAGUAAUAUUGUGGGAUUUCAAUGCAAGAAAACCAAUGCAAAUAUUCAGAGGUUUAAGAGAUGAAAUUACAAAUCUUUCUUUUUCAAGUGAUGAUAAAUUCUUAGCAGCUACUGCAUCAAACAAUAAUUUAAUAAUAUGGAAUUGUUAAGAUUAUACUAUUGUUCAUAAUAAAUUAUUAGAAGUUCCAAUAAAUCUGAUUACUUGGUGUCCUCCAAGAAGAUCAUCUACUAAACAUUCUUAAUAUUUAAUUGUCACUUCUCAAGGUUCCAAUAUCUUCUUAAAUACAAUGGAUUUUGAUGUUGCUUCUAUGCAAUAUCAACUCAAAUAAGCACCAUGUCAAUUACCUAGUAGUGGUUUAGUAAGAAAUUACACAAAAGCAGUAAUUGAUGCAAAUGGAGAUUAUUUAUAUGUUGGAACUCAUGCUGGUGAAAUUUGUAUUUUUAGUAUAUCCUCAUAAUAAGGAGGAAUAUUCAAAGCAACAAUUCCUAUUAGUAAUAAUGGAGUUUUGAGUAUUAAUAUUUUUGGAAAGAACCUUUUUGUUGGUUCUGGAGAUGGAAAGGUGAAGAAAUUGACUGGAAGUGAUACUAGAUGGAAUUUAGAAAGAGAAAUAUGUUUAGAAGGUAGAAUGAAUUCAAUAACAAUUGAUCCUAAUGGUAAUGAAUUAUUAGCAGGAACAUCAAAUGGUAGAAUCUACAGAAUAAACACUGCACAUUUAGAUUCAUCUGUACAUACUGAAGGACAUUAAUCAAGUAUAGUUGGUUUAUCAGUACCAUUAAAUGCAUGUGAUCUCUUUGUCUCCAUUGAUUAUGAAGGUGUAGUUAUGGUAUGGGAUAUGAAUGAAAUGCUUGUUAUUACAAGAUGUAUUCCAAUUAACAUGAACAGAGUCAAAGGAUCAUCAGUUUAUUUAGAUCCUGAUAGNUUAUCCAUAGCCUCCCAUAUAAUACACUCAAAAUCCGUAACAGUAUCAGAAUCCUUAUUAUAAUUAAACUCUUCCAUAAGUUGUAUAACAACCUAUGCCUGAAGCAGGAUAGAAACUACCUUUAUAGAGUGAUGCAAUAGAAUUAGAUCAUAUGAAUGGAUUUUCUGGGAGAUAUCGAGAUGUGAUACACUUGCAUCCUCAAAAGGAGUCCACAAUAGUAUAUGCAUUAGCUGGAUUAAUUGUAAUAGAAAAUUUGAAUGAUAAACAUUAACAAUUAUUUUUGAGAGGACAUGACAUGGAUAUUAGUGCAUUGACAUUAUCAAAGACUGGCAGAUAUAUAGCAUCUGGAUAGAUGGGAUCUCGAAAUGCAAAGACACCAGAAGCACCAGUCAUACUAUGGGAUUUUAAUGCAAGAAAACCAAUGCAAAUAUUCAGAGGUUUGAGAGAUGAAAUUACAAAUCUUUCUUUUUCAAGUGAUGAUAAAUUCUUAGCAGCUACUGCAUCAAACAAUAAUUUAAUAAUAUGGAAUUGUUAAGAUUAUACUAUUGUUCAUAAUAAAUUAUUAGAAGUUCCAAUAAAUCUGAUAACUUGGUGUCCUCCAAGAAGAUCAUCUACUAAACAUUCUUAAUAUUUAAUUGUCACUUCUCAAGGUUCCAAUAUCUUCUUAAAUACAAUGGAUUUUGAUGUUGCUUCUAUGCAAUAUUAACUCAAAUAAGCACCAUGUCAAUUACCUAGCAGUGGUUUAGUAAGAAAUUACACAAAAGCAGUAAUUGAUGCAAAUGGAGAUUAUUUAUAUGUUGGAACUCAUGCUGGUGAAAUUUGUAUUUUUAGUAUAUCUUCAUAAUAAGGAGGAAUAUUCAAAGCAACAAUACCUAUUAGUAAUAAUGGAGUUUUGAGCAUUAAUAUUUUUGGAAAGAAUCUUUUUGUUGGUUCUGGAGAUGGAAAGGUGAAGAAAUUGACUGGAAGUGAUACUAGAUGGAAUUUAGAAAGAGAAAUAUGUUUAGAAGGUAGAAUGAAUUCAAUAACAAUUGAUCCUAAUGGUAAUGAAUUAUUAGCAGGAACAUCAAAUGGUAGAAUCUACAGAAUAAACACUGCACAUUUAGAUUCAUCUGUACAUACUGAAGGACAUUAAUCAAGUAUAGUUGGUUUAUCAGUACCAUUAAAUGCAUGUGAUCUCUUUGUCUCCAUUGAUUAUGAAGGUGUAGUUAUGGUAUGGGAUAUGAAUGAAAUGCUUGUUAUUACAAGAUGUAUUCCAAUUAACAUGAACAGAGUCAAAGGAUCAUCAGUUUAUUUAGAUCCUGAUAGGACNUAGAAUUAGAUCAUAUGAAUGGAUUUUCUGGGAGAUAUCGAGAUGUGAUACACUUGCAUCCUCAAAAGGAGUCCACAAUAGUAUAUGCAUUAGCUGGAUUAAUUGUAAUAGAAAAUUUGAAUGAUAAACAUUAACAAUUAUUUUUGAGAGGACAUGACAUGGAUAUUAGUGCAUUGACAUUAUCAAAGACUGGCAGAUAUAUAGCAUCUGGAUAGAUGGGAUCUCGAAAUGCAAAGACACCAGAAGCACCAGUCAUACUAUGGGAUUUUAAUGCAAGAAAACCAAUGCAAAUAUUCAGAGGUUUGAGAGAUGAAAUUACAAAUCUUUCUUUUUCAAGUGAUGAUAAAUUCUUAGCAGCUACUGCAUCAAACAAUAAUUUAAUAAUAUGGAAUUGUUAAGAUUAUACUAUUGUUCAUAAUAAAUUAUUAGAAGUUCCAAUAAAUCUGAUAACUUGGUGUCCUCCAAGAAGAUCAUCUACUAAACAUUCUUAAUAUUUAAUUGUCACUUCUCAAGGUUCCAAUAUCUUCUUAAAUACAAUGGAUUUUGAUGUUGCUUCUAUGCAAUAUCAACUCAAAUAAGCACCAUGUCAAUUACCUAGUAGUGGUUUAGUAAGAAAUUACACAAAAGCAGUAAUUGAUGCAAAUGGAGAUUAUUUAUAUGUUGGAACUCAUGCUGGUGAAAUUUGUAUUUUUAGUAUAUCCUCAUAAUAAGGAGGAAUAUUCAAAGCAACAAUUCCUAUUAGUAAUAAUGGAGUUUUGAGUAUUAAUAUUUUUGGAAAGAACCUUUUUGUUGGUUCUGGAGAUGGAAAGGUGAAGAAAUUGACUGGAAGUGAUACUAGAUGGAAUUUAGAAAGAGAAAUAUGUUUAGAAGGUAGAAUGAAUUCAAUAACAAUUGAUCCUAAUGGUAAUGAAUUAUUAGCAGGAACAUCAAAUGGUAGAAUCUACAGAAUAAACACUGCACAUUUAGAUUCAUCUGUACAUACUGAAGGACAUUAAUCAAGUAUAGUUGGUUUAUCAGUACCAUUAAAUGCAUGUGAUCUCUUUGUCUCCAUUGAUUAUGAAGGUGUAGUUAUGGUAUGGGAUAUGAAUGAAAUGCUUGUUAUUACAAGAUGUAUUCCAAUUAACAUGAACAGAGUCAAAGGAUCAUCAGUUUAUUUAGAUCCUGAUAGAACUAUCAUCUCUGGUUGGAGAGAUGGGUUUAUAAGAGCAUAUAUGAUAACUAAUAAACCAGUAUCUCCUAUUAAAUGGGAGAUUGUUAAUGCUCAUAAAGGAGCUGUAACUACUUUGUAUAGUGAUCAAAAUUACUAUCUCUCUGGUGGUGAGGAUAGCAUUAUUAGAGUUUGGUCUAAAACUGCAAGAUAAUUAAUCACAUAAAUAUCUAUCCAUUCUAAAGAAAUUACUAAAGUAUUUCCAGAUCUCAUGAAACCUAAUUUUAUUCAUUCAUGUUCAGCUGAUAAAACUAUUUACACUUAUGAUCUCAAAACAGAUAAAAAGGUAAUUCAACAUUAAUCUAGAAAUGGAGUUCUACUUGAUAUGACUUAGAGAAAAGAUAAUGAAUUAGAACUAAGUAAUUGAAAUUUCUUAUUAUAUUUUAGUUACUUGUGGUAUAAAUAUGCCCAUCUAAUUUUGGGAUAUAGAUAUUGUAGAACCAGUUUAAUCAAUAGAUGUAACAAAAUUAAAUUCAAUCGCCAUUAGUCCAGAUGGUAAAAUAUUGGCUACAGGAUCAGAUUCUGGAGAGGUAAAUUAAUAAUAAUAUUAUUUUUUAGCUAAUUUUGAUCUCCAUAUUAACUCAAUCAAUUUUGGGUAAAUAUUUAGGGCAUUCUUCUGGGAUAUCUAAGGUAGCUUGGACAAGUGAUCAAAAAUAAGUUAUCACAACUAGUUAUGAUGGGACUGUUUGCUUAUGGAACAUUUAUCUAUGA